UGAUAAGAUGAAAAAAUUUAAAUUAUGAAAUUGGAUUUUAAUUUUCACCUAUUUUAAUAUUUAGCAGUCCAUCAUUCUAGCAUUCUACAAUAUAGUGUACUACUGCAUUAUUCUAUGACAUUAUUAUAUAUUAAAUUAUAGUACUAUGGCCGUAUUUCUGGUUAUUGUUGUUGGUUAUUAGGUAAUGAUAAUGUACCGCAGUGGUAUUCGUUAUUUAUUUAAAUUACAAAACGUCAUAUUAUAACUUUUUGCGGGAUUUUUAACGAAUAAUUAAAAAGGUAGGUUGAAUCUUAAAUAAUGAACAUGAGUCGUCGGCUUCUCAUAUUAUAUGGUAGUCAAACUGGAUGUGCCCAAGAGGUGGCUGAAAGAAUUUGGCGAGAAUCAAAAUGGUUACAUUAUAGUGGACCUGUUACUGCUAUGGAUGAAUAUCCUAUAGACAAAUUAAUUUUUGAAAACAAAAUUAUAUUUGUUUGUUCAACUACCGGUCAAGGUGAACAACCGGACAAUAUGAAAAAUACUUGGAAAUUUCUAUUAAGAAAAAAUUUACCUUCUAAUUCUUUAAAUAAUGUUGAAUUUGCUGUUUUGGGUCUUGGAGACAGCUCAUAUUUAAAAUUCAAUCAUGUUGCUAAAAAACUUUAUAGAAGACUUAUACAGUUAGGUGGAAAACCAAUCUGUGAUAUUGGGUUAGCUGAUGAUCAACAUGAUAUUGGAGCAUUUGCUGUUAUUGACUCGUGGAUAGAAAAUUUGUGGAAUAUAUUAGCAAAAGUUCAUCCUCUUACAAAUGGAUUAACAGUAAUAGAUCGAAAUACAUUGCCACCUCCAAAGUGGAGUGUAUGUAAUUCAAUUGGCGGUAUUCACAAAAAUGAUAUUUUGCCAAAUAAUGAUUUAUUAAAACUAAAUUCUACCACUGUCACUUGUUUAUCUAACACAAAAACUACAGCUGAAAAUCAUUUUCAAGAUGUACGGUUAUUAAAAUUUGAGUUAACUGAAGGCAGUGUUAAGUAUUCUCCUGGUGACAUUUUAAUGGUGCGUCCAGUUAACUCUGAAACUUCUGUAAACAAUUUAUUUCAAAUACUUAAAGAUAAUAAGAUGAAAUUAAAUACUACCUCUAUAUUAAGUGUAACUCAGCACAGUAAUGAUAUGCCUGUACCAUAUAAUUUGUUGAAACCAUUUACUUUAUAUCAGUGUGCUAAAUAUUUUUGGGAUUUAAAUAUUAUACCAAAUAGAUAUACAUUUCAAUUAUUGUCAUAUUUUACGGAUAAUGAAUUAGAAAAAGAAAAACUACAGGAAUUCACAACACCUGAAGGACAAGAAGAACUGUAUAAUUACUGUAAUCGUCCAAGAAGAACUAUUCUUGAAGUAUUGACUGAUUUUCCUCAUGCAACAGCUAAUUUAACUUUGGAAUAUCUUUUUGAAAUAUUUUCUCCAAUACGCCCAAGAGCCUUUUCAAUUGCUUCAGCACCUUCAGUACACAUUAAUGAAAUACAUAUACUUGUUGCUGUUGUUAGUUAUAAGACGAAAUUAUUUGCAAAAAGAAUUGGAUUGUGUUCUACGUGGCUUGCUAGUUUAAAAUAUGGAGAUAAAAUUCCCAUUUGGAUUCAAAAAGGAACAUUUAAAUUUCCAUACAGUCAAUCAUGUAAUGUGAUAAUGAUUGGACCGGGUACUGGAGUAGCUCCAUUUCGAAGUUAUAUACAUGAAACUGUUGCUAAAGGAAACGGGGAUGCAAAAACUUUACAUUUAUAUUUUGGAGCUAGAAAUAAAUUUGGUGAUUUUCAUUUUGUUAAUGAAUGGGAACAACUAAUAUUUAAUGGAAAAUUAUCAUUGCAUACUGCAUUUUCAAGAGAUCAAAAAGAAAAAAUUUAUGUGCAACACAUUUUGGAAAAAAAUAAAGAAGAUCUAUCAAAGUUACUCACCAGUAAAGAAUGUUAUAUUUUCAUAGCUGGAAAUGCAAAAGAUAUGCCAAUAGCAGUUAAAAACGUAUUUAUAAGUAUUGUUGAAAAGUUAAAUAAUUUAAAUAAUACUAUACCUAUAAACACAAUUGAUAUGAUGGAAACUAAAGGCUUUUAUCAAACUGAAACUUGGAGCUAAUUUUAUUUCUUACAAUUUACAUAUAUAUACUAGUAUUAAUAAAUUACCUUUA